GGAGCGAAGCCCGAGGGGCUCUAGGGCCACGCCCCGGCUGCGGGCUUAGCGCGCGGGGAGACCAUGUCCGGAGGCAGCAGCUGCAGCCAGACCCCGAGCCGGGCCAUCCCCACCACUCGGAGGGUGGUCCUCGCCGACGGCGUGCAGCUGCCCCCCGGGGACUACAGCACCACUCCCGGCGGCACGCUUUUCAGCACCACCCCCGGAGGUACCAGGAUCAUCUAUGACCGGAAGUUCCUGAUGGAGUGUCGGAACUCACCUGUGACCAAGACGCCCCCGCGGGACCUGCCCACCAUUCCUGGGGUCACUAGCCCUACAGGCGAUGAGCCCCCCACGGAAGCCAGCCAGAAUCACCUGCGCAGCAGCCCCGAGGACAAGCCAGUGGGCGGUGAAGAGUCACAGUUUGAGAUGGACAUUUAAAGGUCCAGCCAUCGGAGUGAGCCAUGCCUUCGGGCCCCAGCAGCCCCUCUUGGGAGAAGUCACACCAGCCAGGCCUUAUGCAAGCAACCAUCCUGGGCAGGCGGUAGGCGUGGGGCCGGCCACCCCAGCCCCCUGCUCCCCCACUCAGGGCCCCUGCUCCCCCUUCUUCUUCGUGGACACCAGCCUCCAUCCCCGCAGGAGCUAGCACCUGGAGGGCAGUGACCUCGGGCGCAUCCCGCAGCCCAUGGCCGGCAAGUGGGCACGGAGGAGGCCUUCUGAACGGUCCUCCGGCUCUCCCGGUCCCCUCCUCUGGGGGAGCACCCACGCCCCCCCCACCUCCUUAGAUUGGUGUGUGGGGAAACUCCCCACCCCUUCCCUUCCUGAGAAAGGAAAUAAAAGCCACCUUUGCCCUAGGGCCAAGA